UGCUAUUUUCGUGCCCGUGUCGGCGCGUCACGGUCGGGUAUUUUCUCCUGUGACUGGCUCGCAUCAAUAGAAGCUCCUAAAUGUUCCAGCCAGCCUCCUGGCUGAGGGGACGCUCGCCCCGCGCUGCUUUACUGCCCACGGCACGAGGAAGGGAAAAGGCGGGAAUGGACGGCGCGGGAUGAGGAACGCCACAUGUGGGACCGGGGGGGGGGGAGAGAAGGGAAGAGAAGGGGAGAGAAGGGAAGAGAAGGGAAGAGAAGAGCGCUCCAAUGUCAGAUGGCCAACCCCUGCGUAUGUAAAUACUGCCACAUCCCAGAUAUUUAUCCCUGAGAAUCCCAAAGAUCCCAAAGCCAGUGAGGUUGGAUUCAUGGAGUCACGGGAAACCUCUACGGGAGGUCAGGAGAAAAAAUGCACAUCGGAGUCCGGCAAGACAAGGAGGAGCCCAUCAGCGGAAGCGGAAGGCAAAGUGUGGCACCAAGACGUGAAAGACGCCAGCGGCUCCCACUUAGGAUCCGACUCAGGGAAAUCAGCCAAAUCCGAGGAUCUGCACGCUGAAACGGAAGCGUCAUCGGCUAUAAAAACCACCAGCAGACUCAGAGGCGCGGCGUCAUUCGGCGGGGGCGGCUCGGCGUCGCAUAGAAAGUCGCCCAAUUCACCUGAGCGACAGACUUGCUAUUCAGGGAUGGAGCAGUCGGACGCCGGCGGUAAGGUGGAGCCAAAACCUCAAAAGGCCGGCAAGUACGUGUGCGACUACUGCGGACGGGCGUGCGCCAAACCCAGCGUCCUGAAGAAACACAUCCGCUCACACACCGGAGAACGGCCCUAUCCGUGCGUUCCCUGCGGAUUCUCUUUCAAAACCAAAAGCAAUUUAUACAAACACCGAAAAUCCCACGCCCACUCCGUCAAAGCCGGAACAACGCCGCUUUCAGAGCACGGCGCUCACAACGUCAACGCGGAGCAGGGAUCUUUGGAAGCGGAUGGAGAGUUCUCCGACGUGGAGCAAAGCACGGACACGGACGAGGACACCCUCACCGACCCGCUGCUUCUCCUGGAUUCUCCGGCGGAAGGAUCGGACCACUCCGCCGUGAAAGUACUUAGCCUUAUUUCUCAAAAAAAGGCACCCAGCGUGUCCACAUCAGGGCAGGAUAGUUGGUCCCACGCACCUGAAGGCAACGCCAACGCCGCCGCCGCCGCCGCCGCCGCCGCCAACCAUGCCAGUCAGUCUUGCACGAUCAAACAAAGACUGGCUCUUCGGUUGUCUGAGAAAAGAAGCAGUGACUCCGAACACAAUUUGUCGCUUCCGAGUCAGUCUAGCAAGGGAAGCACAGAUUCCGGGUACUUUUCCCGAUCGGAAAGCGCAGAGCAUCAAAGCGGUCCCCCAAACGCCAACGCUAAAUCUUAUCAGGAAAUCAUGUUCGGGAAGUGUUACAGGCCGAGCCCAAAGCAGACGACGACUUACGUGACCUGCAGCGCAGAACCGGGCGACGUCCAGACGGCGAGACGUUCCGAGAAAGGAGUUUCCCGCGUGUUCACCCAGGAAAAGGACAGCGUGGAAUACAUCAAAAUAAACACAAAGUCUUUGAUGAGGGACGAGGCUGAAGAAGAAGAGUUGGACGGCGCUUCCGACAUGGGGCCGCUCCUCAGGAGCAACUCCAUGCCGGCGUCCUCGGCGGUCAGCCUGGCGAUGCCUCAGGCGCUCCGGGGCAGCCAUUCCUUCGACGAACGGGCGAGCAACGCCGGCAUGAGGAGACUCAGGCGCCAAGCCGCUUUUGAGCUCUCCCCCCACGAAGGUCACGGCGAUUCCGACAGCAGGAUGAGCGACAUUAGCGUGGCACCUUCCGGGCCGGAAAUGGAAAAUCCCACCUCAGCGGCAUCCAGCGUGAGUCAGCAGAGGCACGCGAUGGAGCUGGCCACCCGGAAGCGCCGGAAAGAAAAGCGGGAGGAGGAGGACUUGCCGCCGCCGUACGGAUCUCAUCGGGAACAGUGCGAGGAAAUGUUUGAGGAGCCGAUGAAAGGACGUUCCUCGACCACACAGCUGGAAGUAUCAGCGAACCGGGAAGUGUGUGCUCGGAAAACUUUAGGGAACGUUAUUUCCGUCAUCCAGCACACAAACUCCAUCAACAGGCCUCACGCGGAGAAGUGUCACAAGCAGAGACAGGAAGUCUUCUCCUCCCGUCAGCCAAUGGAGGAAGCGUACGAGAUGGAAAGGUGCGACAGUCGACUGAGGCAUUCCUUUCAAACGGGACCCAAACUUGUCCGACAGCCCAACAUACAAGUUCCGGAGAUAAGAGUCACCGUGGAGCCGGAUAGUCCGGAAAAAACUCCGGAUGUUCCAGUGAAGGAGCCGGAGAAGCACGUGGAAGAAUUUCAGUGGCCUCAGAGAAGUGAAACGUUGGCUCAGUUCCCGCCGGAAAAACUCCCUCCGAAGAAAAAGAGGUUGCGAUUGGCCGACAUGGAGCACUCCUCCGGGGAGUCCAGUUUCGAGUCGGCUUGUACGAGUCUCUCCCGGAGUCCCAGUCAGGACAGCAACUUAUCUUACAGUUCCGCUUUCUCCUUGGACAGGGAGGAGAACUUGAAAGCAGUUUCUCCAGCCAGGCAGGACGACUUGGGAAAGCCGCUGGAGCUCUUAGCCGUGCCGGGAAGCGGCCACUCCUUUUCCGUGCUUCAUCAGCGUCAACAGCACGAAAUGAGACGUUCCUCCUCGGAGCAGGCGCCUUGUAACUUGCGUAAGGAAUUCCCGGAAGUACGAAGCGUAUCAUUUGACUACGGCAGCCUUUCUCCGACAUCCAAAGUUCGAUCUCCAGAACUCGGAUCUUCCUGCAUAGCGAGCAAGGACAAACGGCGAGGGAACUUGGUGCGACAGGAAUCGCUUCGCAUGGACACGGAAGCCUCGCAUGUCACCGCUACCACUUUGCCUAUCUUUUCCACUGGGAAUACGCUUCCCCAGGCUCCCCAUCCCAUUCCGGUUAGAAUCCAGACUAACGUUCCGAGCUACGGCAGCCUAACGUACACAUCGGUAUCGCAGAUCUUCGACAAUCCGUACGAAAGAAUUCAUACUCUUUUAUGCUCGCCGAAUCAAAGGUCACGUUCGCCGGGGAACGCCGACUGUCACGGCGGUGUCGAAGCCCUCGAUCUGUCCUCGGCUAAGCUGAAGACCGGCAUUCCGCUCUCGCUCACUUCCCGAACUAUCUCGACGACUAACGCGUCCAGCGGCGGUGCUAGCAAGCGCAUGUUGUCGCCUGCUAGCAGCUUGGACGUCUUCAUGGAGGUCAAGCAGCAAAAGCGCGUGAAGGAGGAAAGAAUGUUCGGGCAAAUUGUGGAGGAAUUGAGCGCGGUGGAAUUGGGUAAAUGUCAUUUGGGCGAGGAGAAGGCUCAGGGUUGGCGGGAUGACUCUCGCAGGUUUGUGACACUCGGCCAAAAGGCGACGGAGGCCAGCGAGCUGCCCAUGGAUCGCGGCUCGCCUCCUCCGUAUUCCACCAUGUCCGUGUGCGAAAGGAAGGAAGUUGGCACGGAUACGCGGGGGCAGAUGGACACGGGGGCACCGCCCACCUGGGAAGGGGAGCAUCCAGGAGCGUUAGCGCCGUUUCCAAGCCUUCGCACCACGACGGGUGUGAGCUGGUGCUAUCUCAGCUACGCCAAGCCGAGCUGCUCCCACGGCAACGCGCCUUUCCACUCCGUCUACGCCACCUGGUGCGUGAGCGCCCGCAAGCCCGACCCCCCGGAGCUGAGCACCGGCGCCGCCCUGGCCCUGCUGAGGUCCAAACAGAAGGGAGGGAAGGUUAUAGACUCCAUGGCGGCCAUGUGUCAGCCUGGCCACGGGAAACUGGUCUCGUCCCUCAUCCUGUGGCGGCAGACUUUUGAACAGCAGAGGAAGCCGGAGCCCAAAGAGUUGGACGCCAACCCCGGGAAGAAGAAAGACGCCGGCCUCCGCCUGAAGGCCGCCAAGGAGGAAUGGAAGGAGAGGGAGGCUUCCGCCGCCCAAACGGCGCCGACGCGCGUCAAGAUCUUUGAGGGGGGGUACAAAUCCAACGAGGACUACGUGUACGUCCGAGGUCGCGGGCGAGGGAAGUACCUAUGCGAGGAGUGCGGCAUCCGCUGCAAGAAGCCCAGCAUGCUGAAGAAACACAUCCGGACCCACACCGACGUCAGGCCGUACAUCUGCAAGGUCUGCAACUUCGCUUUUAAAACCAAAGGAAACCUGACCAAGCACAUGAAGUCCAAGGCUCAUAUGAAGAAGUGUCUGGAAUUGGGCGUGUCGUUGACCAUGGACGAGACGGAGAUCCAGGAGCAUGCGGACGACGUGCCGCAAGAAUCCAAGGCAGAGUUUGCGCUUCCGACCAAGCACCAGUUCUCCGAUGCCGAAGACUCGGACGGCAUGGACGAAGACGUGGAUGAGAUGGACGAAGACGACGACGACGACGACGACUACGAGGGCGCUUCCACUCCGAAGCCGCGCUCCAGAAGCACGAGUCCACAACCGUGCGGCGGCACGGCGUCACCGGUCACGGCCAACGCCGCCGUCCACGGCUCCUCGGGGCCGGGCGUGGACGUCCGCCACCGAGCCCCGGGCAGGUGGGCGGGCUCGGAGCAGAGAGACAAGCCUGUGGAGGACGACACCCUGAGCGUUCUGUCCCCCCCGGAUCAGGCCAGCUUCCUCUUUGAUCCGUACUCGUCCUGCCUCCUCUCUCCCGGAUGGGAGUCCCCCAUUAGGGAGCCCUCCCCCUCACGUCUGCGCUACCCGUCACCGAGGAGGGAACUCUCCCCGCGAGGUCGCUCGUCCCCGCGGAGGCCGGGCUCGCCCAAUUUCUCGCCCAUCCAGCACCUUUCUCCCGUGACCGUGGAGAGACCCACUUCCCCUGGAGCCGAGCUGACCGGGAAGCGGGAGUCGGCGGUUGGAGGCAGGCACAGAGUCGUGCUAAGAGCCGUGUCGCCCCGGAGGGGGUCCCAUCAACACCGAGGCGUGGGCGACAAGAGCCGACAGCACGCCAAAAUGGACGUGGCUCCGCCGCAGGGAGUCUUUCAAAUGGAACCAGAUCAGAGGAGCGUCUCCGCCUCCGGUUUUCCCGGUGGUUCCCAUCAGAACAUCCUGAGCCACCUCCCUCUUCACUCGCAGCAGCCGGCUCUCAGCUUGCUCCCGGUUUUUCCGGUGGGAAGACUUCGGCCGUCCCCGUCUCCUCCGGCCUCCGACGUCGCCUUGUCCUCAGUGUCAGGACCCCCGAGUGUGGAAGGAUCCGCCCACGGGCCCACGGAAACGGGUGAGGAGGACCUCGGCGUGCAGGAGGGGAGCUUCAGGGAGGAAGGACAGGAAGAGAAUGUCCAAACGUGCUUGAAAGCCAUCGCCUCUUUGAAGAUCAACACCGAGGACCCUCAUUAGAGCCCCCCCAGUUCAACUCCCACGUGGGGUGGGCGUCUCGGGUGCAGGUGCAAUACAGGAAGAGAUAUAUCGCUAAUAUGCCUUUAUUUGACAUCGCAUACGAUUGCACAUCAAUUCUAUUUCUAGAUUGUCUAUACUCUCCUUUUAGGUGCAUACAAACCGUGUAUUUGAACCUCUGUGUACUUUGAGAAUAGACUGUUGUUUCAUGUACUUAUAUCGAGGUGUGAUGCAGUAGUGCAGUAACCAUUUCUAUAAAAAACUAAAGAAAACAAUAACAAUAAUAAUAAUAAUAAUAAUGCAUUAAAAAGGGUGCGUAGAGAGACGAGAGACGAGCAGUUGGAGCGACGAAGGUCUGUGCCUUUAUUUUGCUUUUGGUUGAAGAAGGUCAAAGGUCAAAAACGGGACGGACGCCGCUAGAUUUAUGGUGAAACAUGAAAUAUCUUUUGAAGAAAAAAAAACCAACCAUUUGUUUUUCUUAAUGUUGUGGUUUUUAUCUUGCAUGGGAUUUGCUAUUGCACAAAAACACAGGAAGUCAACAUGUCCUUACGAUACUGUAAGAUGUAUUUCUAUUAGAACGUAAGCACUUAUUGAUACUGAUAAAUAUUUGACUACGAUUUCUAUAUGCUGUUAUUAUGAUACGUAUUAUUAUUAUUAUGAUUAUGCAGCAGUGAUGCCGUUAUGCAGUCAGCCCGGCCGCGCUGGUGUUGCUUUUGAUAUCACGUCUUUGCUGUCCUAUACAGACCAUGGCGACUAUUUAGCGCUUUACCCACGAUGCACUUUGUUCCGUUGACGUUUGGCGGCGGGAAAUGAAGGCGAUAGUCAAACAUUCCACUUUUUUUUUUCAAAUGAAUACGCGUCAUGGUGUGAAAUUCACGCGCGUAUCGGACGAGGAAGGAAAACGUGACAAGGAAUUGGGCCGGGGGUGUCCAAAGUGCAGCCCCGAGCUCCUUUUAUUGACAAGACAAACAAAAACUAACUGGAAAGAUUGAAAACAAUGCAGUCAUUUUACAAAAAUAAAGUUGAAAAGAAAAUAAACUCCUGAUAUUUAAUGGCAGAAAGUUUAAAUAUUAAAGACAAAAAGAUGAAAUCUAAGCCAAAAACUAAAACUCCAAAGUCAUUUUUUUUUACAGUAAUAAAAUCUAAAUAUUAAGAGGAAAAAAGUCACAGUUCUACAAAAAUGAACUCGGAAAAAAUGUACUUGAUCUUUUUAAAGUGGUAUUAUUAUGAGAAACAAAACUAAAUAAAGUUGUCAUUUUUGGAAAAUGAGGU